UGAAGAUGCUGCGGGACAUGACCGGCCUCCCGCACAACCGAAAGUGCUUCGACUGCGACCAGCGCGGCCCCACCUACGUGAACAUGACGGUCGGCUCCUUCGUCUGUACCUCCUGCUCCGGCAGCCUGUGACAUGGUAUAUUUGGAAGAAUACGAAUUUUGAAAUCAGAUUCCGACACUGCCACUAGCUUUGUGACUUAGGGCAAGGUAUUAAGCAAGGCCACUGUGUGCACGUUGUCCUGGAUCCUUUGGGAAACCUUGAUGUGCCUAGAAAAUGCUGAUACGCAGUAAAUGGUAUCUACUGUCAUGAAUUCUAAAUUUCAGAGGAGAGGGUUAAAUCCACCACACAGGGUGAAAUCUAUCUCCAUGACAACAUUCACACAACAGGAAAUUGAAUUUCUGCAGAAACAUGGAAAUGAAGUCUGUAAACAGAUUUGGCUAGGAUUAUUUGAUGAUAGAUCUUCAGCAAUUCCAGACUUCAGGGAUCCACAAAAAGUGAAAGAGUUCCUACAAGAAAAGUAUGAAAAGAAAAGAUGGUAUGUCCCUCCAGAACAAGCCAAGGUGGUGGCAUCAGUUCAUGCGUCUAUUUCAGGGUCGUCUGCCAGUAGCACGAGCAGCACGCCUGAGGUCAAACCCCUGAAGUCUCUUUUAGGAGACUCAGCACCAGCACUGCACUUAAACAAGGGCACACCUAGUCAGUCCCCUGUUGUAGGUCGCUCUCAAGGGCAGCAGCAGGAAAAGAAGCAGUUUGACCUUUUAAGUGAUCUUGGCUCAGACAUCUUUGCUGCUCCAGCACCUCAGUCAACGGCUACAGCCAAUUUUGCUAACUUUGCACAUUUCAACAGUCAUGCCGCUCAGAACUCUGCAAAUGCAGAUUUUGCAAACUUUGGUGCAUUUGGACAGUCUAGUGGCUCGAGUGAUUUUGGAGGUUUCCCCACAGCAAGUCGCUCUCCUUUUCAGCCCCAAACUCCAGGUGGAAGUGCUGGAUCAGUAAAUGCUAAUUUUGCUCAUUUUGAUAACUUCCCCAAAUCCUCCAGUGCUGAUUUUGGAACCUUCAAUACUUCCCAGAGUCAUCAAACAGCAUCAGCUGUUAGUAAAGUUUCAACGAACAAAGCUGGUCUGCAGACUACAGACAAAUACGCAGCACUUGCUAAUUUAGACAAUAUCUUUAGUGCUGGGCAAGGUGGUGAUCAGGGGAGUGGUUUUGGGACCACAGGUAAACCUCCUGUUGGUUCUGUGGUUUCAGUUCCCAGUCAGUCAAGUGCAUCUUCAGACAAAUACGCAGCCCUGGCAGAACUCGACAGCGUUUUCAGCUCUGCGGCCACGUCCAGUAACGCGUAUACUUCCACAAGUAACGCUAGCAGCAAUGUUUUUGGAACAGUGCCCGUGGGUGCUUCUGCACAGACACAGCCUGCUUCUUCGAGUGUGCCUGCUCCAUUUGGAGCUACGCCUUCCACAAAUCCAUUUGUUGCUGCUGCUGGUCCUUCUGUGGCAUCUUCUACAAAUCCAUUUCAGACCAAUGCCAGAGGAGCAACAGCUGCGACCUUUGGCACCGCGUCCAUGAGCAUGCCUGCGGGGUUCGGGACUCCUGCGCCCUACAGUCUUCCCACCAGCUUCAGUGGCAGCUUCCAGCAGCCUGCCUUCCCGGCCCAAGCAGCUUUCCCUCAGCAGACAGCGUUUUCUCAACAGCCCAAUGGUGCAGGUUUUGCAGCAUUUGGACAAAGCAAGCCAGUGGUAACCCCUUUUGGUCAAGUUGCAGCUGCUGGAGUAUCUAGUAAUCCUUUUAUGACUGGUGCACCAACAGGACAGUUUCCAACGGGAAGCUCAUCAACCAAUCCUUUCUUAUAGCCUUAUAUAGACACUUUACUGGAACGAACUUUUACGUGGUCACAUUACAUCUCUCCGCCUCUUGCACUGUUGUCUUGUUUCACUGAUCUUAGCUUUAAACACAAGAGAAGUCUUUAAAAAGCCUGCAUUGUGUAUUAAACACCAGGUAAUAUGUGCAAAACAGAGGGCUCCAGUAACAACUUUUAACCUGUGAAUUGGCAGAAAAAGGUAGCGGUAUCAUGUAUAUUAAAAAUUGGCUAAUAUUAAGUUAUUGCAGAUACCACAUUCAUUAUGCUGCAGUACUGUACAUAUUUUUCUUAGAAAUUAGCUAUUUGUGCAUAUCAGUAUUUGUAACUUUAACACAUUGUUAUGUGAGAAAUGUUACUGGGGAAAUAGAUCAGCCACUUUUAAGGUGCUGUCAUAUAUCUUGGAAUGAAUGACCUAAAAUCAUUUUAACCAUUGCUACUGGAAAGUUACAAAGUCAAAAUUGGAAGGUUUUAUUCAUUCUUGAAUUUUUCCUUUCUAAGAGCUCUUCUAUUUAUACAUACCUAAAUUCUUUAAAAAUGUAGAGGGAUACCUGUCUGCAUAAUAAAGCUGAUCAUGUUUUGCUACAGUUUGCAGGUGAAAAAAAUAAAUAUUAGAAAAUAUGCUAUCGUUUUUGUGUUCUUGCUGCAAUGCCUUUACCAAAGUGGCCUUAAAAUAUGAGUAGUGAAUUGAGAACAUCUUGAAUUCUUAAAUUAGAAUUUCAGAAGACUUCUAGUGACUAACUUUUAUGUCUAAAAGAGAAAAUUUUAUAAAAAGGCCAUGUAGAAAAUUUAUUAAAACUACUAUGACUGCUAUAUUCAGGAAUAUGUCAGUGGUAAAGCAUUUAAAUGUAGCUUGUCAGAUUCACCGUAAUCCUUCUAAUUUCUUUGCAACUUCUUAAUUUUGUGAAAAUUUGUAUAUAUGAAGAAUUUGCAUGUAUGUGUAUUUACAAAUUUUUUUAAGUAUCUUGAAUUCUCAGACUGCAGAAGUCCUAUUUUAACUAUUGAUUUUUAAACAAAAAUAUUGUCUUUGAAUGUAUUGGAAGCAGACAUGCAUUAACUGUGACAUGAUUGCACCUCAUUUUUUUUUCCUUUGUUUGGAUAAACUGAUAUUGUUAAAAUAGGACAUUUAUUUAUGUUCAUUUCUGGGGGGAAACAACCUGGAACCCAGUGUUACCUUAAAGUUAUAGAAUACUUUGUUUAAAAAGGCAACAAUACUAAUGUUAGUUAUAUCUUUUUGUUAAUACUCAAGACAUGAACUUGUUUAAAUAUUUAUGUACAGUGAUGCCUCAUUCAUCAGGCCAUAAUCUAGAAGCCGCCUCAAAACCGAACACAGCUGAGAAACUUGGAAUUUUAAUUUUUCUUAAAUGCCUUUGAGCAACGCACAAGAGUCACAGAGUCUCUACGUGUUAGAGCUCAUGCAUUUGUUUUUAUGCGAAAGUUUGAUCAUUUGAUUUACCAGCCCAUAGCGUAUUUAAGUUCAGAAGUGGUGGUUUGGAAGGAUACAGAAAAGCUGUGGAAAACUGUUGACCAUUUAGUAUAAGGACAGCUAGGCCAGCCUAGAGGAUGUCGCUGUAUGACAUCAUCAUCUGACAGUGGUCUGUCACUAGGACUCUGUGUCAUCAAGAAAAGGUAACAUCACAUAUACAGAUAUGUAAUACGUGUUUGAAAAGUUUCAUCUUACAAUGAGUGAACGUUUCGGAAAAAGCUUUAGUAUUAAAAGAAGUGAACGUCGGUUUCUUCAGACAAUUUAUUUGUGUCGAAUACCUUUUCCAGUGGUGACUACAUGAGUUGUUGCACUAUCUUAAAGUCUGUGUGGUGUUUCAGACUUGCCACAGCAUUGCUGUCCGUUGUGUUUCCAACCGAACGUGUGGUUGAUGAGCAAGAAGGCUGGGAAAUCCCGGCCCCUUUUUGAACAGUAUGCCUCUUCUCUUAGAAUCGAGUGAAUGUGGCAGAGUCUAGGUGUGUGCGUGGGGGUGUAUACUUGGAAUACCUACAGUUCGGGGUCUCCCUCCAGCCCCCUUUUCAUGGAGGGAAUACUUAGGAAAUGUCUUUGAAUUUCUUUGCUUUAGAUUGUAUUGGGUCCCAGGCAAUUCAUAUGUACGAAGUUAUGCUAUAUAAUUGUAGGCCAUUACCGAAAUAACCUACCAGGCUUUCCAUCUGAGAAAUAAGUAAAUUAAACAGUUGUUAUUAAAAUAAUUUUAAAGACUGUUUUUUUUUUCUGGGUAAAUCUUGAAGUUUGUAAUGAAAUGAGAACUCUCAGUUACUGACUUACUACUUUCAAUGAGUGCUUAUAAAACCCAAAUGCUUAGCUUAAAAAGUGAUCCAGCUUUAAUGUGGAUUUAAAUCCACUUCUGUUAAACCUUCAUAUUCAGAUUUGCUUUUGGUUUUUUGUAGACCAUCAGAAUUGUGUUGAGUACUAAAGAGGAGAAAAUCCUCGAAAGCGACGAGGCUGAAGACCUACACGUUUUCUGGCUUACUGGUUGAAUCAGAUCUUCUCUCCCGUCUUUGCUCUGGGAAGAACAUUUUCUUUUAGGGUGCAAACAUUGUCGAUACAGUUUAAAGGCAUAUUUUAUGCUCGUUUUUGUGACCACAGAGAUGAGGCAAUCACUUUGUUCCUUAAAACCAUUCCUUUUGGCAGUUUGGAGAAGCGUGUCAGUGCUCUCCGCCUGUGGGUUGCCCUUGCUGCCAGGACAUACCGUCUUCGGCACCGGUCCUAGAAGUUGGCACAAUGGAGAGAAGAGGAACGGGCUGCCCCACCGUGGCAGGACUUAACAGUUCCCAGACAUUUUGGUCUCAGGACCAUAACUCGUACAGUUUUCAGGACGCCCAAAGAGCUUUUGUUUAUAUAGCUUGUACCGAUCAGAAAUUACCGACCGUAUUAGAAGUUAAUGCUGAGGCACCUAACAGACGUGUUCAUUCAUUUAAAUAUAACGAUGAUAAACCCAUUGCAUGUCAACAUAAAUGCCCUUUUUUAAUAAAACAUUGUUGUCUUCCAACAACA